AUGUCUUGGUCACUCUUCCGCCCACGUAUCCUCUUCCGUCAACCCCAAUUCCUUGCCAGCCGUGCCUUAAGCACCUCCCGACCGCACGCAUCCCGCCUCCGCCAGCCAGGUGAACCCACAGGCCCCAACGAGCCUCCAGCCCACAUCUCUGCCCCGUCAUCCAAGUCGCCCCUCAAGGUCUGGCCCAUUGUCGCCAUCUUCGCAACAGGCACAUUUUUGUUCAAGAAGAUAGUCGACGACCGCAAGGGCGAAGGUUACCAGCCAAAAGGACCCAUUCAAGGCCAUUCACCAAGUGGUAAGGGACAAACCGACAUUGGCGCGCGUACCUCUCCUCUGUGGUCCAAGGAUGAUGUAACAGUGCUCUUUGUCCUUGGCGGUCCUGGUGCUGGAAAGGGCACGCAGUGCCAGAAGCUUGUUAACGACUAUGGCUUCAAGCAUCUUUCUGCUGGUGACCUUCUGCGUGAGGAGCAGGAUCGAGAAGGCAGCCAGUUUGGCGAGAUGAUCAAGACGUACAUCAAGGAAGGUACUAUUGUACCUAUGGAGGUGACGGUCAAGCUGCUCGAGAAUGCCAUGCGCAGUAGCAUGGAGAGUGGCGAGAAUGACAAAAAGCUGUUUUUGAUCGAUGGAUUCCCACGUAAGCUUGACCAGGCUCAUGCAUUUGAGCGUGCGGUGUGCCCGUCCAAGUUCACCCUCUUUUUCGAGUGCUCCGAGGGUGUCAUGGAGAAGCGACUGCUGCACCGGGGCGAGACUUCGGGCCGGGCAGACGACAACCCAGAGAGCAUCAGGAAGCGGUUCAGGACUUUUGUCGAGACGAGCAUGCCGGUGGUAAACGAGUUCGAAUCUCAGGGCAGGGUCGUCAAGGUCAACGCUGAGCAGGAACCCGAUGCCGUGUACAGGGAUGUGCAGGCAAAACUCAAGGAGCGCGGUGUGGAGCCUAUCAGCCGCUAG